CGAGAGCUGUCAUGGCUUCUAACGGAUGCAGGCCCUCUCUUCCCAUCCAUGCCGUCGUCUCUCUCGUGCUUCUGCUGCUUGCUGCCGCUGCUACCUGUCUCCCGGCUUCAGCAGCAAACAGCCCAAAGCAGUCGAACAAGCCUUCUCUGAAGACAGUGCAGAGUCCAGAUGGCGACAUCAUCGACUGCGUUCCCUCUCAUCUCCAACCGGCAUUCGAUCAUCCCAAGCUCAAAGGACUGAAACCCUUGGAGCCGCCGGAGAGACCCAAAGGCCGCAAGGCCAAGUCUAUGGCUGGUGGCGUAACCCAGUUGUGGAGAGCCUCCGGGGAGACGUGCCCACAGGGAACAGUUCCGAUUAGAAGAACCACGGANGAAGAGGCUCUGCGAGUGAGGAAGUAUGAGAGGAAGCUUGUAGAGGGUGCAGGAGAAAGUCCCUUCACUAAUCAUGAGUAUGCAGUUGGGACGGUGAAAGAUGAAAACUUGUACUACGGUGCAGAAGCCACCUACAACGUGUGGGCGCCGGCGGUGGCCAACAACGGCGAGUUCAGCUUAUCACAGAUUUGGCUCACUUCUGGCACUUACGCCACCAACCUCAACACCAUCGAAGCCGGGUGGCAGGUUCUAUACGGACAGAGCUAUCCAAGAUUCUUCAUUUAUUGGACGGCCGAUGCAUAUAAGUCCACGGGUUGCUAUAACCUACAGUGCGCUGGUUUCGUCCAAACCGACACCAAUAUCGUUCUCGGAGGCUCCAUCAGUCCAACAUCAACUUACAACGGAAAGCAAAUUGAAGUGGAGAUACUAGUUUGGAAGGAUAAAAAGGAUGGGAAUUGGUGGCUGGAGUGGGACUCCACCGUGGUCGGCUACUGGCCGUCGUCCUUGUUCAGCCACCUCGCGGACAACGCAACCACGGUGCAGUUCGGCGGCGAGAUCGUCAACAAAGGCCCUUCCGGCGUCCACACCGCCACCCAUAUGGGCAGCGGCUACUUCCCAGAGGAAGGCUUCGGCAGAGCUGCUUACAUUCAUAACCUACAAGUGGUGGACGCCACCAACACCCUCGUCCCGGUGCAAAGCCUCAGCCUCACUGCCGGAAAGCCCAACUGCUACAACAUAACCAAAGGCGUCAACAGUGACUGGGGGAUGUACUUCUUCUUUGGAGGCCCGGGAAGGAGCGAUGUGUGCCCUUGAGCAACCGGAGCAACUCCUUUCUCAUCUACUGCUUUCUUCUCCGAUGGUUGUGCCUGUGUCUUUGUGUGGAAUAAUGGUGGUCUUUGUUGUAUUUGCUUUGGUCUAAUACAAGCAGAUCAUUAGUGUACUACAGUAAUAAAUGCGUUAUCUCAUUAAA